UCACUAUUCUCACUUCCGUCGAUAUCGUUCUUUCACGUUUGCGUUUCGCACGGUGAAGGAAUUGUUGAGAAACUAGUUAUCUCGAAGGUACGAUAAAAUAUAACAUUUAUUUGUUCUUCAAACCAUGGCGGCCAGCAUAAGAGGACUCUGUAAAUUAAAUGUUUCUCUGACGAACAACUUGUUAUUUAAAUAUAACUUUAUAAAUGUUGGAAUUCGGCAUCUUUACACGGAACGAGACUUGGGUAUAACGUUGUACGAGAAUUCAAGAUUUAUGUUCCGCAAUCAAUUUAUGACGAUAGAAAAUACGUUUCGCGAGAAAAUGAAGGAAAUUUGUCGGGACAACGAAGGGAUAAUAUAUACAGAAGAUUUGAAAGCAAUGAUACAUUUGGCACAAGCCGAAGGAAAUGAUAUGCAGCUAGUAGAGUCUAUGUUGGAGAAAUAUAUACAUAAUGUUGAAGAAAAGAAGUAUGGUAGAUACGUGUUUGGGCCAAUCAUAAUGAGAAUGUUUUAUUAUUUGAAUCAGCCGCAGUAUGCUUUAAAUGCAUUUCAAAACGAAUCUUUGAAAGAAAGUUUCGAUUACCGCACGGCCUUCCGUAUUUUAAUGUGUCUGUUCUAUAGAAAUGAUAUGUUUGCGCAAAUGCGAGAAAUAUAUGACGAAGUUUUGGAAAGGAAAGGCAUAGAUUUUAUUGGCAGUUCUAGUGUCUUAAUUUAUGCUGCGUGCUUGAAGGAGAAUACCCCGGAGUCGUUAGAAUAUGCGUUACGCCAUUGGAAAUUACAGUUUGAUAAAUUGAUGCCUUCAGUAAGAUGUUGUACAUUAGUAUCAAUGCUAGCAUUAAAACAUAAAAAACCUGAAAUAGCUCUGGACAUAUUAAGUACAGUAAAAGUAGACAGAGUUCUCAGUGUCAGAGCUCUUAAAAUUAUGGCUUAUACACAUUUGGGAAGAUACGUACAAAUAAUCCCUGUUAUGAAGUACGCGUUAGAACAAGAAGUUGGUGUUUUCAGGCCACACCUCUUUUUUGCAGAUGUGUUAUGUGAAUUAGAAGAAAAGAUAAAGGAAACCGAUACGGAAGAAAACAGACAAUUAUUGAAAUUAAUAGAACAAGCAAAGAAACAGGAUAUUAUUCAAACAUCUUGUACCCUGGAAGAAUUUCUAUUGAGACCCAUGACAAUGACGAAUAGAACGAAACAACAAUUCCAGGAUGACAGGAGGCCUAGGAACCGUUACCAAUUUACAAACCGACAGCGAUUUAAUAAUUCGGAGCCAAAUCAGAACGUAGAACGGCAAAAUACGAGAUCUGAAUUAAGAAGUUUUUUGUAAUGCAUUUACUUCGUUUUUUCAUUAAAAAUUAAUUAUAUAUUUUACCAAUCAACCUAUAUUCAAAGAAACACGUUUCAUUAGCGGAUCUUACGCUCCAGAUAUCUCGGUUUGAUAUAUAAGUCAACAAUUGAACUCGUGUACUAUAAGUAAUUGUAGUAAUUGUAAUUACGAAACUAAUAAAAUAAAUUUGAAAAAGA